AUGGACACUGCGGAGGUAAUCCUCUCCCUGUUAGUCGUGGUCAUCAUCGUAGUGUCGUUGCUGUCCAACGUGCUGGUGCUGAUCUGCUUCCUGUACAACCCCGAGAUCCGCAAGCAGGUGCCCGGUCUGUUCACCCUGAACCUCACCUUCUGUAACUUGUUGCUGACUGUGUCCAACAUGCCGCUAACUUUGGCGGGACUGGUCAGCGACGCUCAGCCCGGCGGGGACGGCUUCUGCCAGGCGGCGGGCUUCCUGGAGACCUUCCUGUCCACCAACUCCAUGCUCAGCAUGGCAGCCCUGAGCAUCGACCGGUGGGUCGCCGUGGUCUUCCCGCUGAGGUACCACUCCAAGAUGCGCCACAAGGACGCGGCGUGCGUGCUGGGUUACACCUGGGUGCACUCCGUGUCCUUCUCCACGGCGGCCACGUGCCUCUCCUGGGUGGGCUACCACCGGCUGUACGCCUCCUGCACGCUGUGGGACGGGAGGGCGGGCAGCAGCCGGACCCAGUUCGUCAUCUUCACCGUGUUUUUCCACUCCUUCACCUUCCUGCUGUCCUUCGUGGUGCUCUGUGUCACGUAUCUGAAAGUGCUCAAAGUUGCCAGGUUCCACUGCAAGCGGAUCGACGUCAUCACCAUGCAAACUUUGGUGUUGCUGGUGGAUAUACACCCCAGUGUCCGCCAGCGCUGUCUGGAGGAGCAGCGGAGGAGACGGCAGAGAGCGACGAGGAAGAUCAGCACCUUCAUCGGCACUUUCAUGCUCUGCUUCGCUCCCUAUGUGAUCACAAGGUGA